CAAGAACUGAUACUAGACAGCAAAGACUGAAAAAUAGCAACAUGUGUAAAGGACUAGCUGCACUGCCUGCUACUUGCCUAAGAAGUGCAAAGGACAUGAAACAUCGUCUGGGCUUCUUGUUGCCAAAGGCAGAGACAUUGAGUGAUCACAGUUCAACAUCCAUCAAGAAGGACAAAACAGGUGCCACACACAGGGUCAAUUACAAAGAAGUCAAAGAAUGGAGUGAAUCGUUUCUGAAACUAAUAUCCCAUAAACGUGGCCUAGUCACAUUCACUGAAUUCCUCCAGUCUGAAUACAGUGAGGAAAACAUCAUGUUCUGGCUAGCAUGUGAGGAAUACAGAAAGUGCAAAUCUCCUGCAAAACUGGCAUCUAAGGCGAAGAAGAUUUUCAAUGAAUACAUCGCAGUCGAGGCUCCCAAAGAAGUGAACUUGGAGUCCCACAUCAGAGACAAGACCAGAAAGAAUAUCCUUGAGCCAACGUCUUCUAGCUUUGAUGAAGCACAGAACAAAAUCCAAACCUUGAUGCAGAAGGACUCUUACCCCAGGUUUCUCAAGUCCAAGAUCUACUUGGAUUUAGUGAACCAAACACAAGCAAGAAGUUAACCAAAGAGCCAAAGCACAGACACCUUUGACAUCUGACCCACAGCGCUCACACUCCUGGUUUAUUAGGAUUGCCAACGCAAGGUGGUUGACUGUGAUUGUAAUUUCAAAAUCUUUGUUAGGUCAUAUUUAAAAGAAAGGUACAAAUUCUUGUUGAGAGUUACUGCCGCUAAAUUUGACUAACAUAGCACUUUAAAUCCUGGAGAAUGAAGACAUCUCUUCGUACCAUUUUAACAAAGGACAAGAAUAGAAUAUUUCAUUGUUUUUCCUCUCAUAUUUUUCUUUCAUGGUGCUACUUUUUUUCUUGAGUCCAUCAAAAUUUUCUGCUCUCUAAUUAGGAAGAGCAAUGUUGUUAUUGAUAUCAGGGUAUGCAAACAAGUUUGUGUUCUCAAUGAAAUAACUUCAAUGGACCUUAUAUGACCUUAAUAUCAAGUCAGUUUCUGUGCUAGAUUUUGUUUAGUGUGCCUGUAUUGUAUGUUGUUAAAAUGCCAAGAGUGAGGUGUCCCACCACUUCGUUCUGCUUUCUUUCAUGUUCUAUGCAUGGUCAUAGAUUAUGUGGUAGCUCACUGUCAGACAGAUUAAAGAAAGUGGAGAAUGUGAGGACUGCAGAUGCUGGGGUGUCAGAGUCAAAGCGCAGCAGGUCAGGCAGCAUCUGUGAGCAGGAGAGUUGGCAUUUCAGGCAUGAGCCCUUCAUCAGAAAUGGCUUAUGCCCAAAACAUUGACUCACCUACUCCUCAGAUGCUGCCUGACAUACUGUACUUUUCCAAUGCCAUGCUUUUCGAUAUUGAAGAGGGCAUAGGUUUUGGGUAAGAAGGGAAAACUUUAUAAGCGACAACCUUUUCAUGCGGAGAAUGGUGCAUGUAUGGAAUGAAUUGCCAGAGGAAGUGGUGGAGGCUGGUACAAUUACAACAUUUUAAAAUGCAUCUGGAUGGGUAUAUGAAUAGGAAGGUUUUUGAGGAAUAUGGGCCAAGUGCUGGCAAAUGGGGAUAGAUUAGAUUGAUAUCUGGCCAGCAUCGACAAGUUGUACCAAAGGGUCUGUUUCCAUGCUGUACAUCUCUAUGACCUCUAAAUAGUGAAGUACACAGCACUGUUGUAUUCAAAACAGUCCCACAUUGAAAGACUGAGGGCAUAUGGAAUUACCAUCACCUCUAAAUUCCUCUCCACACCUUGCAGUACGCCAGUCUGGACAUAUAUCAACAAUCAGUCAUUGUUCCUGGGUUAAAGCUCUUAAUCCUCCUGACCUAUCUGCAUUCUGACAGUGUCUUCAAUGAGUGAACUGCAACAGUUUUAGAAGGCUUGGCAACAACUUCUCAAGAAGUUGCAGACAUCUAAAUGAUUGCCAGAUAUAUUCAUCACUAAAAUAUUGAAUGAUGCACACGUGACAGCAUCACAACACUGCUGAUUAUUUUUCAGCUGAAACAUUGAUAAAAUUAUUUACAAAAUGCAACAUGACACAACCUGUCCAGAAAUCACCCUAUAUUUACAUGCAAACUACUUGAAAAGUAAUUUCAUUUAUAGAAAAAAGAUAUUUAUACCACAGUGUAAGAAUCAUCACCUCACCAGAAAUGUGUUACUAUACAAAGCAGUACUGGUGAAAUUGAUUUGUGGAAGCAACAAUCUUGUUUGUUCUAUGUUUGUCCAGAGUGUACUUUCAAUACUGAAGUUAAUUGUGGAAUUUGAGAAUAACUUAUUAUAUUCAGGAUUAAUGUGAAAGUUUAAUUAUUUUUAUA